AUGGCUUCGCAUCUUGCUGAAGAUCUGGAUAUCUUCAAUCGUCACCUUGCGAAGCACCGCAAGCCUGGGGGCGAGGCUUCAGAAACGUCAAACUACCAGACACUCAACCAUGACGCAGAAGACCCGAUCGUAUACCUCACGGUCCCUAGAUUUCGAACAGGCUUGCCUCCUGGGAGUGGGUGCGGACGGUCCCAGCUGGAAAUUUUGGAGCAGAUCAUGGGACCCUUCAAACGCGAGGUCAUAGAACUGUAUUUCAAAAACCUUCACUACCAUUUUCCUGUCCUGGACGAGGAAAUGUGCGCUCUGCUUCGAAAUGGUCAGCUUGGAAAGGUACCAAACAACUUAUUGUGUGUUAUAUACGCUACUGGAUCACCGCUCUGGCCAAGAUCGGAAACAUUGAAAAUGCAUCCAAAGCCUGACGCACAUUUUGUCUGGAAUAAAGCCAUCUCAGCAACAUUGGAAGAUUUCCUCAGCCCGGGAAUGUCGACAAUAUCCACUGCCAUCCUCGACCAAAUCGGACGUCCAUCAGUCUCUAUUGUCGGUAACAUUACGUUGUGCGGCAAGACUGUCUCGCUUGCGCAGACAUUCGGUCUUCAUCGCGAUCCAUCACAGUGGCGAAUAACCGAGAACGAAAGAUCUGUUCGAAUCCGCCUUUGGUGGUGCGUGUUAAUCACAGACACAUGGGCUAGUGUCGCAUACGGCGCCCCUCCACACAUCACCAAGGGCUACUAUGAUGUGCCACGGCCGACUGUUAGCUCACUUGUUAGUCACAAAGCAACUCAGCAACAGAAACAGGCGACUGUUUGCUUCGUCCAUUUUUGUGCUUUGACUGAGCUUGUUGGAUUGAUUCUGCCUCUCAUAUACCAGAUCGAGCCCGAUCGUAUGCAGCUCUCUCAACAAGUAGCUCACUUCAAACGCGAGCUGAACAGUCUGGAGGCGCAGCUACCUACCUGGCUUCCCCUCCCCAACCAGCCUGGAUCUAGUAACCUUUGGUUCUGUUUCCUGUCCACUCGCCUCCUUCUCGCUCGGGUCACUCUACGCUCCGCAGUUCUCGAAGGAGACAGCAGUCUUGGACGAGACAGAAUCCACCAGCUACGCGCCGCUUCUUCGGCAGUCCUUGAUUUCCUUCUUUCCCUUGGCGAAUUACAAUUCCAAGAUUUCUGGCUCCCAUAUGUUACACACCUCCUCGUACACGCCAUCACAGUAUCGCUCCGCUGUACAGUCGAAACACAAGAUCCAGAAACGCGCAACGCCUCAGUCACUCGACUCCAGCGAGUGAUUGCCCACAUCCAGUUCGCAAGAGAUAACUACGAUUGGGACAUAGCGAUUUAUUGCCUGGAGCGGUGCGCCGAGCCGGUAUCAAGGAUUGCAUCUCUGAACUUUAGAGAACCAGCACCGCCUUCUGAGACGGAACUAACGAGUGUGGCUCCAAAUCCUAACGGGUAUGGGAGCGGUGUCGAAGUACCGCCCGUACAGACUUUCGACGAUGCAAAUUUCUUGCUCUCCGAUAUAUUGGAUCCGAAUGCAUUCGACUUUUCCUGGGAGGCGUUAUGGGAUACUCCAUCGGGCAUGACAAAUUUUGCUAUAUGA